UUGAGAUUCUAGAUAAAAAUGAUAAUGCUCCGUAUUUUACGUUUCCUAAUAAUGACCCUUACAAUCUCGAUGUCCACUACCAUCCACACAGUAAGAAGGACAUCACAAUUCUGAGAGCAUCUGACAAAGACACUGGAAACAAUGCUUUCCUCACAUAUGGAAUACUGAGAUCCAAUGAUAAAACCUGUUUACAGUGAACUCACACACUGGUGUGUUAUCUUUCUCUCGCACAGUUUACCAAAAUGAUGCAGGAACAUAUGAGCUGCAGUUUAUAGUGAAAGACGGUGGUACUCCAGUUCAAUCAGCAACAACUGCUAUCAUACUAACACUGUUUGUUAGUAAUGAUACAUCUCCAAUGUUGACUGCUGUGCCAUUCCAGUCUGGUCACGACCUGAAUAUGACUUGGGUAAUUAUCAUUGUAGCAGCAGCUGUAAUACUAUCUGUGGCUAUUGUAGUGUCCAUAACACUGUGUGUUUUCAGAUGUAUUAAUCACACAAAUAACUCACCCACAACAGCAGAGAAUCCCAACUUUCUCUCUCAGACUGAGAUGAGACAAUUACUGUAUCAGACUAACAAUCCUGUUGCAAUAACGAGAAAUGCAGAAGAGAUAUUUAACCGAAAUCUUCAGACAAUAAAAUCUAAAAGUCAGUUUUUUCUGGAGAUGGAACAGACACCAGAUGAGUGGAAAUUCUCAACAACACAAAGGAGACUUCCACCUGUGCCUCAGAGAUGUGAUUCAAUCCAUAGUCAAGGACGUCGCACCAGUUCCAUCAUGUCUUACAACAGUGACACCUUAACAUCCCAAAAGGACAGAGAAGCUAGCAAGAGUAAUGGCAAGACUAAACCAUAUGAUGAGAUACCUGCAGAACCAGAAUAUACCAAUGACAAUCCAGUUGCAGCCACAAUACUAAAGGGACAACAAAUACAAGAUACCUAUCUACAGCCAACAUAGUAGAUGUUCCAUGACUAUUGUUAAAUGAUUCUCUCACAUACCAAAUCUUAUACAAUACUUUAUAUUCAUGUAAAAAUAUCAACUCUAUGUUUCUUUCACACGUCACACUUAAAGAGCCUACCUGUGGCAUCCAUUAUUACUGCUAAUUUACAUCUCUGAUUCAUUACCUAUCACAAAGUCCCUACCCUACUUACUAUAAUCCACUAUUAUAAAAUAGUAAUUUUCCUCUCAGUCUUAGUAUAGACAUUUCACUAAACAUAGGUAAAUUUGUUUG